AUGCUGCGAGUCGCUGUCGUGCUGUGCCUGGUGGCCUCCUCCUUGGGCUUCAUGAUGCCCGAGGCUAUGGUUAAGAAGUAUGCUUACAUGAAGAUCAUGAAGGACUGCUUAGGCGAGCGAAAGGUCAUGUCCUGGAUGCUGGAAAUGAAGAAGGUCAUUGCAGAGUGCGGGGGCGAAUACGAUGAAUAUUUGGAGGAUUUGAGGCUCAGGCCAAAUUACAUCCCCGUCUACGUCAAUGCGCCUUUCAUGUCACAUUUCGCCCAGCAGCAUUCCGAUGGCAGGACGAAACGUUUCAUCGACUUCGAGAAUGUAGGAAUUGAGGAUAUUAAGGCAAGAAUGCUAACCAAGAUUAACAACAUCACCUGCGCUCUCCAGAAACUCGAAUACAUUGAUGAAGAUGGAGCAGUCAACUAUGAAAUUUUCAAAGAGGAAAUUGAAGACCUGCAGGUCAACAACAUGCUCAAAGCCGACCUUCUGGAAGCCGUGGACAUGUGCAAGGACUUCAGCACUUGCAUGCCCAUGGAAGGCAGCAAGCACCCUCUCAUGGAGAAGCUGGGAAGUGCCGUCACCUUCAUGAAAUGCUGCAGCAUGAAGAAGCUGAUGAUGUGCAUGAAGAACGACUUCCGCACAUUGGCCGCCCAAGUAGGACCCAGAGGACCCAUUGAUGAGGCCAUGGAGCAGGUACCUGGCAAUUUGGAAGAGCUGUUCGAUAGCCUCAUGUAAAAAAGGAAGUUGAUGGAAGUGUGUCCUGUUUCCGCGAGUUUUUUUUUAUUCAGAUGGGUUGGAUGUUUUGUCUUUUGUUUUCACUCGUCUGAAUAUUCUCUCGUGGUUGGAUUGGGAAUCUUGACCUGGAUUGGAUUUUUUUUUUUUUUUCUAUGGAUAUUAUUUCAUUUUGGGAACGGGAAAGAAAGAGAACGAGACAUAAAAUAACAUUUUCCUAUUCUUAAAGGAAACGAUGAAGAUUUCCAUCGAUGUAUUUCAUCCAUAGAUCUUCAGAAAUAAGCCCCUCCCUCCAUGCCCUCACCCACCCCCUUGGUUGACGAAUAUUCCCCGAAAAUGUUGUGAUAUUUAUCCACGAUAGUUCGAGGGAAAAUUACAACAUGCAGCACGUAGAGUUAUGCAAUCUAUGGCAUCUUUCUCGUGCAUUGCAUCAGUGAAGAGUAGACGUUAUUCAUGAUAAAAGAAAUAAAAGUACUGACACUUU